AUGGUGUGCCGCAUGGGCAUCAACGGCUUCGGCCGUAUCGGACGCUUGGUCUUCCGCGCCGCGAUGGCCAAUCCAGCCGUGGAGGUUGUUGCUGUGAACGAUCCAUUCAUGGAUGUCAACUACAUGGCCUAUCAGCUGAAGUACGACUCGGUUCACGGCCAAUACCCUGGAGAAGUUUCUGUAGAGGACGGUAAUCUUGUUGUGGGUGGCAAGACUAUUCUGGUUUUCUCUGAAAAAGACCCUUCGGCAAUUCCGUGGCACACCGUCGCUGCCCACUAUGUGUGCGAGUCCACUGGCGUCUUUACCAGCAAGGAAAAGGCCGGAAUGCAUAUCAAUGGAGGCGCGAAAAAGGUGAUCAUCUCUGCACCUCCCAAAGAUGAUACUCCAAUGUUUGUAAUGGGUGUGAACCAUGAAGAGUAUACAUCUGCUCACCACGUUGUUUCAAAUGCAUCCUGCACAACGAACUGCCUGGCCCCCCUAGCCAAGGUUGUGCACGAGAAGUUUGGCAUCGUUGAGGGUCUGAUGACAACUGUCCAUGCCAUGACGGCUAAUCAGCUCACUGUUGAUGGCCCUUCGAAAGGAGGCAAGGACUGGAGGGCUGGGCGUUGCGCUGGCAGCAAUAUCAUCCCUGCUAGCACAGGAGCAGCGAAGGCCGUAGGUAAAGUUAUCCCGGCUCUGAACGGAAAGCUCACGGGUAUGGCAUUCCGCGUCCCAACCCCCGAUGUGUCGGUUGUCGAUCUUACGUGCAAACUUGCUCGCCCCGCCGCGUAUGCAGAUAUUGUGGCCGCAAUCCGUGCGGCCGCCGAUGGUCCACUGAAGGGCAUCUUGGGCUUGACGGAUGAAGAAGUUGUAUCACAGGAUUUCUGUGGUGACAAGCGCUCCUCCAUUUUCGAUGUGAAGGCAGGAAUUCAGCUGAAUGACACAUUUGUUAAGCUUGUUUCGUGGUAUGACAACGAGUGGGGUUACUCUAACCGUCUAGUGGAUCUGGCAGUGUAUAUGUCCCAGAAGGACGGCUAUUGA